CUUGAUGAGGAACAUACGCAACAGUUUGUAUCUUUUGUAUCUAAAAGGCACUUGUAAACAAAACUCAAACCAUCAAACCAUAAACAAUGGGCUAAAUAAAAGAGAAAUCAUAUGAAAGCCUACCACAAGAUCACCAUGGAAACAAGUUUUUCUUUAUACAUUACAAAAAAUUUCUUGAACGCAAAAGAGGUGAAAAGUGUUUUUUUUUAAGGAAACGUUAGUAAAAUGUUUGUUUACUUGAGUAAAAAGAUUGCUAUACCAAAUAAUGUGCAAUUGAAUUGCAUAUCCUGGAACAAGGAACAUGGCUAUAUUGCCGUGGCCGGCACAGAGGGCUUGCUCAAAGUGUUAAAAUUGGAACAAGCAUCCUCCAAUGGCCAAAGCAAGGGUGGCCUCGCUGCAGUCUCAAAUCUUUCCAUGAACCAAACUCUAGAUGGCCACAAAAAUGCUGUAAAGGUAGUCGUCUGGAAUAAUGCCCAACAGAAAUUGACCUCAUCUGAUGUGGAUGGUGUCAUUAUGGUAUGGAUGUUAUACAAGGGCUCAUGGUAUGAAGAAAUGACAAAUGAUCGCAAGAAAUCAACAGUAAAUGGCAUGCAUUGGACCUCGGAUGGCAAUAAGAUAUGCAUAGUUUAUGAGGAUGGAGCUAUUAUUGUGGGUUCGGUGGAUGGAAACCGUAUUUGGGGCAAAGAAUUGAAAAAUACCCAUCUCAGUGGUGUACAAUGGAGCCCCGAUAAUCGUUUAAUCCUAUUUAGCUUGGCCAAUGGCGAAUGCCAUUUGUACGACAACCAGGGAAAUUUUGCGAUGAAGUUGAAUAUUAAAUGCCUGGGCGCCAAUUCGAAUCGUCCCAUACCCAUAACUGCUUUGAAUUGGUUCAGUGGAAAAUCAAACGGUCAAUGUCCUGUAUUGGCCAUAUGUUAUGCUAAUGGCAAGGCUCAGUUAAUGGUGGAUGAGAACGACGAAAAUCCCAUUAUUCUUAACACUCCCAUGAACAUCACCGAUGCCAAAUGGAAUCAUGAUGGAUCGGUUUUGGCUUUAUGCGGGCGUCUUGAUGACAACUCCUCGUCGAAAGAAUUAAAUCAAGUUAGUUUCUAUUCCCCAUAUGGUCAUCUAUAUCGUUCUUUAAAAGUACCCGGAUUUCAAAUCACCUCAAUAUCGUGGGAAGGCAAAUCGUUACGCAUUGCCAUGGCUGUCGAUUCUUUUAUAUAUUUUGCCAAUGUCAGACCUGAUUAUAAAUGGUGUUAUUUCGAGAAAACAGUUGUUUUCCUAAAUGCCAACAACAACAACAACAACAAUAAGACGAAUAAUAUAAAUAUUAUAACAUUUUGGAAUACCACAUCGAAUCAGAGUUCCUUAAAAGAAGUUGAACCUUGUUUGGCAAUGGCCGCUUGUAACGAGCAUUGUGUGAUUGCCGUCGAAUGUUUAAGUGGUAAUAUGAAAGAUUUGGCUUUAUCAGCAAUGGAACGAAAAAAUUCUGAUGAUAAGUUGUAUCAGUUGCUGUUGUGUAAUUCUAUUGGAACCACUGUGGAUUCAAAAUAUACUGAAGUUUGUCCAAAUUUCAUUGGAAUAAAUGGAAAUUAUGUGGCAAUAGCUUCAAAUGACGAAAUAUUGUUAUGACACUAUCAUACACCAAAGAGCGCCUCCCAGCUGCAUAGUGUUAAAUCACGCAAGGAAAAACGUUUUCACAUUGAUGAUACACCUACUGGCGUGGAUUUAGCCAAAGAUUUGCAAAUGACGAAAGGAAGCCAAGAUAAUUUGGAUACUAAUGUGGAUUCUAUUUGCUCAUUGGCUUUGUCCGAGAAGACUUUACUAGUGGCCAGAGAGUCUGGAGUCAUUAAUGAAUACAGUGUACCGAAUGUUGCUUUAAGAAAUCGUCAUAAGAUUGGGGCAAAAAUCAUUAAAAUGUCCAUCAAUUCGAAUUCCUCCCGUGCGGCCUUGAUUGACUACAAUGGAGUUAUGACCCUCUUAGACUUGGACGAUGAUCGAGAGACACAAUUGAAUUUUAGCCGUGUGGAGCGUAAAGAUGUUUGGGCCAUUUGUUGGGCAAAGGACAAUCCCUUACUUUUGGCCCUAAUGGAAAAGACUCGCAUGUAUAUAUUCCGUGGCAAUGAUCCCGAAGAACCAAUUGCCUGCUCUGGCUAUAUAUGCGCCUUUGAAGAUUUGGAAAUAACCAGUGUUCUACUUGAUGAUAUCAUAAGUGGCGAAGAGACUCAAAAUCCCAUAAGUCAUAUACUUCAAUUGAAGGUGAAAUCCUUACGUGACACAGAUGAUUUGCUGCAACACGUAGGUUUGGAGGAUGCCAAACAAUUUAUCGAGGAUAAUCCACAUCCCCGUCUUUGGAGAUUGUUGGCGGAGGCAGCUUUAAAGAAAUUAGAACUGGAUGUUGCAGAGAAUGCUUUUGUUCGUUGUGCCCACUACCAGGGUAUACAAUUGAUAAAGCGUCUGCGCAACAUACCCUCAGAGCUUCUACAGAAAGCCGAAAUUGCAGCAUUUUAUGGAGAAUACGAAGAAGCAGAAAAAUUGUACAUUGAUGGUGAUCGCAGGGAUUUGGCCAUUAACUUGCGCAUUACUUUAUGCGAUUGGUUCCGAGUUGUGCAGCUGUAUCGCAUGGGUUCGGGUAUAUCGGAUCAGCAAAUGGAAACAGCCUGGAGGCAAAUCGGUAAUCAUUUUGGAAAUUUGCGUUCGUGGGACAGUGCAAAGGAAUACUACGAAAAGUCCCAUGACAUUGAGGGUCUAAUGGACUCUUUGUAUCACUUGGAACAAUUCGAGGAGUUGGAAAAAUGCAUAGAUAAAUUGCCCGAAAAAAGUCCUUUGCUUUCAAAGAUAGCGGAAAUGUUGUCCUCCGUGGGCAUGUGCAGUGAAGCGGUGAAUGCUUAUUUGAAAUUUGGUGAUCCCACGGCAGCUGUUAAUACCUGUGUAAACUUGCGUCAAUGGGGUCAAGCUGUUGAGCUGGCUCAGAAAUAUGAAAUGCCACAGGUUAAUACUCUUCUCAACAAACAUGCCCAGCAGCUUUUAAGUGAAAAUCGUCUGCCCGAGGCCAUUGAAUUGCAAAGAAAAGCAGGUCGAUAUUUUGAUGCAGCUCGUCUCAUGGUCAAAUUAGCUGAGAAAGAAACAGAGAAGGGCUCAAAUUUAAUACGCAUUAAAAAACUGUAUGUUCUGGCAGGUCUAUUGGCGGAAGAACAUUUGAAAAGCUUGGCCUCAACCUCUGGGGAUACACAAACGUAUAGUGUGGAUCGUCUCAGCAUUAUGGAUUCCAUGAAUCUUGAAGAUUCUGCCACAAUUGAACGAAUAUGGCAUUGUGCCGAGGCAUAUCAUUUUAUGCUAUUGGCUCAGCGUCAAUUACGUUUUGGUAUUGUUCAUAGCGCAGUUAUCACUACAUUGCGUCUGCGAGAAUAUGAAGAUGUUCUAAAGCCUGAGGAUAUUUAUAGUCUACUAGCAUUGGCAAGCUGUGCCGAUCGAUCGUUUGGUACUUGCUCAAAGGCAUUCAUUAAGCUGGAAUCAUUAACACAUUUGCCGGAAGAGGAUCUCAGGAAUUAUGAGGAGUUGGCCAUAAAUAUUUUCUCCAAAAAUGAACCCCUAGAUGAUAAAGAGGACUAUAUAACAUGUUACUCCUGCAAAACUUCAGUGCCUGACAGCUUGCCAGCCUGCAACAAAUGUGGCGCACGUUUCCCACCUUGUAUCUCAUCCGGAAAACCUAUAACUCAACCAACCGCCAACAUUUGGAUUUGUGGAACUUGUCAUCAUUGUGCAGCGCCAAUGGAAAUAACCAGACAUCGAACGUGUCCACUUUGUCAUACGCUUAUAUUAUCAAUGACACUGGAAGUUUGAUAUGUCACUAAUAUCAACUUAAUAAAAGUAAAUUUUCUGAUCUCUUAUUAGAACUCAUGUAUUCCAAA